GCCGUCUGUAAGCUGUGAUGUGAUCCAGUGUUCUCCAAAGGUGGGGGCUGCUGCUGCCACCGCGAGCAGCAAGAAUUCCAAGAAUUCAUCAGAGGUCGCGACGCUGCAGAAAGGUCAAAUCCUUAACAAAUGUCAAAUAAGUGAUCACCCUAAUUUUUUAUGUGAUUUGUUUCAGAUAGAAGGCCGAUAUUUUCUUGAUUCCUAUCUCCAAGAUGAACUUAUCGGACCAAUCAGGGGUUUACUUGACACAGGAUCACAAGCCACUAUAUUGUCAUAUAGUUAUUUGCCCAGAAGAAUCUGGAGAAAGCAGCCGUCACAACUUCGCCAAAUGGAAGGAUUGCCGGAUGAUGAAGAGUAAAGAGAUAACAAGGUUCCAGCUAAAGACGGAAACCCAGGAUUGGUAUAGUGCAAAAUGGCACGGAGGGUUGUUGCCGUUAUCUACAUCGUCCUGAUCUUGGGGAAGGAGUUCCAGGCCGAGCCGAUUGCUGUACCAGGCCCUUCAUCUGGGAUCAUGCUACAGGAUACCACGGGAUUCAUCUUGACGAAUAAGAGGAUUCUAUCCCAAAAGAUCUACGUCAGUUUGGACCCACGUGUCUUCGUCGAGAGACAGUUCAACAUUUCUGAGAUUUCGUCUCCGGAGAUAAAGAUUUGGUAUCAAAUGCACAUCGGCUAUUCCCAAGAAAGAGUUACACAGAUCCUGGAACAGACAAGGAAAACCAUGACCAGAGAACAGUUUUCAACAAGUCGACGACCAAAGCGGUUCAUUUCUGCAAUUACAGCCGCCAUAAUCUUUGCCGUAGUGGGCACUGUCAUUGCCACCGGUGUAUCAGCUGUUAAUUCCAUCUCUAUUAAGACAUUGGAACUUGAGAUCGGUUCACUGAAAAGGAACCUAAUGAGUAUUCAUGCAGAGAUGGAGAACCAGAAAAAACAUUUAUCGGACUUAUAUUCCGUUGUAGAGGAUACUGUCGUCACCACCGACUUUCACUCAAAGUUAUUGACUCAUUCAAUGAAUCUUCAUGAGAGUCACGAACAGUUUAAACAAGAACUAAUGUCUCUAAAGACUCUGAAUGAAAACCCCAUUGUGACAUUCCAAUGUAACCCAACAUCUCUAUUGGAUUACAUUGUAAUGAAGGGGGAUUUUGUUGUGCUUUUUCAUAAGUUUAAACAGUUAUGUUUACUUAUUUUAGUUAUAAUGGGUAUUCAUUGCCUUUAAGAGCAAUGUUGAUUUAUAUUCACUGUUUUGUAUGAAGUUUCAUGUA